AAACCACGCCCCCUUUAAAUCCCAGUGUCGUGCGAAUUGUUAUUCUGUCACGUAUUCUUCGUUUCUGCAGUCCUUCCGUGGUUCUUCCCAGACAUGUAGACUCCGAGCCCCGCCGCAGAGAUGGUCCACGUCUAUAACUGUCACCCGUUCGCGUCCCAGCACAUCGUGUCGGCGGAGCAGGAGCCCGGGCUGGUGUGCUGCGGCGGCGGGGCGCUGUUCGUCGUGAGCGCCGGAGGCUGCAGGAUCGAGGCGUACGAGCUGCAGCGGGAGGGAUGUCCGCUCAUCUGCCGCUUCAGCAGCAUGGGCUCCGUGCUCAGCAUCCGCCACUGCGCCGCGGGGGACUACCUGGUGACCAUCGAGGAGAAGAACAAGGCCACGUAUCUCCGGGCCUACACUAACUGGAGGUACCAGGCUGUGGAGAAGACUCGUGUUGGGGUGCGUCUGCUGGGUCACCUCCUGCGGGGCUCGUCCUUCCGAGGGACUCCCAAAGAGCAGAUGGAGAUUAUAGAGAUCCCUCUGUUCGAGCCGCCGCUGUGUAUGGCCUGCUGCAGUCUUACCGGUGAUCUUCUGGUGGGCUGUGCCAAGAGCCUGGUGGUCUUCAGUCUGAAGCGUCAGACACUGAGCGAGCAGCUCUCUGUGCUGGACUUCGAGAGGGUCCUGAUUCUUCACAUCCAGGGCUGGAGCCCAUCUCAAGUGGCCUUCUGUGCUGGAUACAUAGCGCUUCAGACAGAGCUGGAGGUGCUGGUGAUAAAGCUCACCCCGCGACAGAAGAGCAGCGCGGCUGCAGAGGAGCACACUCUGCUGCCAGAAGAUAUCAUGAGUGAAACCAGCAUCGAUGAAGACGCAGAGAUGGCAAAAGAUGGAUUCAGCCCCCUCCAUGCACAAGAGGACUUCUUUCUGUUCCCGAGGCACCAGGAGAUGCUGGGGAACGAAGCGCAGGAGUGUGGCAUCUCUUUAGUCCUGGAGUGGACGGGUAUGGAGGCAGAGAGCCAAGGGGACAUGAGUGUGGUCUACAUCUUGUUCAGGCGGUUUGCGCCGGAUUUCUUUCAAGGUUGCAGCAUUGAGGAGACACACUUGCAUUCCUUGCAGCUCCACCCCAUGUUUACUGGUAAACGGGAAGAAGCCUCCAUCUCCAAAGGACGGGAACCUACUUGUAUGUUUGUUUUCUUCUCCUUGCCGAACACUGGCUACAUGUACAGCCUGAAGAACACAGUGGAGCUCGUGUCCACCUACCAGUACCCAGAAAAGACCCAUCAGGCUGUGCUCAGUGACCACUUCCUCUACAUCAUCACCAGGAGUGCUCUCCAGUGUUUCACUGUCAGAUGCAGCGCUGUGGCGGCUCGGGUUGAUGACCCAUACAUCGACACCACCAUGAAGGCCUGUCCUCCCAUCACCAUGGAGGUGUGUGCUCUGAGGAUCCAGCUCUUCAUCGGCCUGAAGCUUCUCUGUCAGGACGGAAAUCAGAUCGUUCUCCUGACAGCAGCAGAUGUGGACAGCAAAGAGGACACGGAGAGGACAGCGCGCAGAAACACUGAAUCGAGGGAACACAGAGCCCUGACGGGCAUUUUAGUAGCUGUAGGUCUAGAGCCGUCCUCAUCGCCCACCCUGGAAAACCUUCUGUCCAGGUCCUUCCUAUCCAGGAAGAGCUCUGUCUGCAAGCCCCCAGAGCCGUCUGACAGCGCUCACGGCUGGAACCUCUACGUCAUCACGUCUGUGUCCACUCUGCAGCUCUACAGAGAAAUAGUGGAGUACAGUAAGCGAUACGAGCAGUCGAGCGCGUCGUCUCAGAGCUGUGUUCACCUGCUGAGCGAGGGUCACCUGCUGCUGAGGACGGCUCUGCUCCUGCAGGACUGUGAGUCUGCCGAGAGAGCACAGCUGCAGCAGGCCUUUCAGGAGAGCUGCGCUCACUUAGGAGACUGCUUCGGCAGGUUUGAGAAGAAGGACUGUCACUUGGCUCUUCCAUACUAUAAGAUGUCAGGCCUCACUGUGACGGAUGUUAUCAAGAGGAACAUGAGCAGCGUCUCAAAUGGUUAUGGCAAAGGAUUCAUCUUCUUCCUGAAGCAUUCGCUCUAUGAGGAAACCAUGGAGGAGCUUAGCAAGGACAUGGCUGAUAAAGUCCUGGAGAUCUUCAGUGUGGCUGAACCCGCUCAGCUUCCUCAUGUGGUGAGCAGCCCGUCCAUGCUGAACGCCGAUCCUGACCGCGCCGUGACCCACCUGAGACGGCUGGAGGCGUCCGGCGCCCCGUCCAUCACCCUGGCCCUGUGUAUGGCCUCGCUGGCCCUGCGCAAAGGGGACCUGCACAGCUACAGCCAGCAGAUGGACCGCCACGCUGAGAUGCUGCAAGUGUACGGCUUCAUAGAAGAGCCCAAACUGCUGCUGCACGGCCGAGGGAAGGCCGUGCUGCCCACCACACUGGCCCAGCACCUGCACCACACACACGAGGGGCUGCUGGUGGCGGCGGUCGUAGCGCUGCACGAGAACAGCAAGAUCCGACUGGAGGAGGCCGAUCUCUUCUUCCAGGAGCUGUGUAAGGACGGCGUGGAGGCUGACAGCAGUCCUCAGUUACUGGUGGAUUUCUGGGAGGCUCUGUUAGUAGCGUCCUCUCAUGACGCCAUCAUCCAGGAGCUGCUGUUUCGUCUCACAUCCGUCUAUAUCGACCGGAUCUCACGCGGGGAUCGCUCCAGCGUCAAAGCCCUCAAAACCGCUGAGGAUCUGAUAAACUCCUGCUCUCAUUACGGGGUGUUGUGUCCGUGGGUGAGCAUCCUGACACCUGUCCAGUUCAACAUCACCCACCACCAGGAGGACCUGCACAAACUACAGUCUCUGCUGUGCGGCCCAUCGCUGGAGGUCUCAUCCAUCCUGCCUCUGCUGGAGCAGCUGAGCGACUCUGACCCCACAGGUCUCAGCAUACACCUGCUCUGUGCCACCAAACUGGGCCAGCACGAGACCUCCAUCAACAGACUCCUAGACCGAUGUCCAGAGGCCAUCAUCUCCUACGCCAACCAUGAGCUGCAGAACCACAAACUGUCUCUGUGGUGGCAGAAGCUUUUCCCUGAGGUCUGUGACAGGAUAAGGACAGGAGGAAAGGACAACACUGUCCUCCUCUCAGCACUCAAAGAAACUCUGGUUGUGGCGGCCAAGGAGCUGAACCCGCUGGAGUUCCUGGACUUGUUGCCCGAUGAUGGAGCGGCUCAUUUCUUCCUGCCACAUCUACUCCAGUGCAGCCAGUGAAAUCUCACGACAGUUAACAUGUAUUUUAGACAAUCAGAGAAUCAACACUAAACCUGUUUAAAGACCAGAUCUGGAUCUACAGUCUUCCUGCUGCUUUGAAUGCUGAUAGCCAAAACAAUAGUUUGUUCAUCUCAUUAGUCAUGUGCGACCGCUGUGAACAUCAUCUGAUUGGAAGUAUGUUACAAUCAUUCAUAUAGUCUGCAAUGUUAUAAGUUUACUUGAAAAAACAAGCACCCUCUUUAUUAUCAGAACAAAUAUAGACAUCAAAAUAUAUUCUGAGAUAUAUAACGAAAUGAUGUGCAAUUAUUACAUUAAAAGUGUUUUUUAAACGCA